AGUCAAUAGAUGAAGUUUGCAAUCUCUUCCACAAAAUAUCCAGUUAAAUACCUUAGGAUAUUCAGGGAGUUGGACUUGGGUGACAGGAGGUUAACAGUAAUUACCAAGACUAGGGAAAAUUAAGGAACUACCGGGGUUGAGUCACUGGGCUAUAGGCAGGGGACGUGAGAGUCCUGGCCUGAGGCAGUGAGGACCUUCCUUUCCCCAUCCCAGACAAGGCUGGGGGCGCCUGAGUCAUCAGGGCACUGCCUGAGGCAGAGUGCCCUAGACACCUUGCAAGAUACUUCCUGUUAUGGCUCCUCUCCUGGCAAAAUCAUUCACUGCAAAAUUUCCUAGGACAGCGGAUGGGGUGGUUGGGAGGAAGAAAUGUGGGGAGUGGCAGGGUUCAAAGAGGAGGGAACGGAGUGACAUCCCAGGGUUACAUAAACUUUCAGAGGCUGCCAGAGGGUAAGGACAGAUAAGUUUGUGGAGCCUGGAAGCCGACGAGAGCCGCUGUAAAGGAAAGAAGCCAGGCGGGGAGGCAGAGGUUCUUAGGACCUAUCGACCAUGGUGUGCGUGCCCUGUCUGCUGCUGCUCCUGCUGCCAGUGCUACGUGUGUCUGCGGCCACACCAGAGCCCUGCGAGCUGGACGAAGAUGAUUUCCGCUGCGUCUGCAACUUCACGGAUCCGAAGCCUGACUGGUCUAGCGCCAUGCAGUGUAUGGUUGCUGUCGAGGUGGAGAUCCGUGGCGGCGGCCACAACCUGGAACAGUUUCUAACGAGCGCCGACGUCGACUUGAAGCAGUACGCUGACACGAUCAGGGCUCUGCGCUGGCGGCGGCUCACGUUGGGCGCUGCCCAGGUUCCUGCUCUGCUUCUGGUCGCCCUUCUGCGUGCUCUCGGUUACUCCCGGCUCAAGGAACUGACGUUUGAGGACCUGGAGGUAACCGGCCCGAUGCCGCCGCCGCCUCUGGAAGCCACUGGACCUGCGCUCUCCACCCUCAGUCUCCGUAACGUGUCGUGGGCAACAGGAGGUGCCUGGCUCGGCGAACUGCAGCAGUGGCUCAAGCCUGGUCUCAGGGUACUGAACAUCGCGCAAGCACACUCGCUUGCCUUUGCCUGCGCACAGCUCCCCACCUUCCAGGCCCUCACCAGCCUAGACCUGUCUGACAAUCCUGGACUCGGCGAGCGCGGGCUGAUUGCGGCUCUCUGUCCGCACAAGUUCCCGGCCCUCCAAGGUCUAGCGCUACGCAACGCGGGGAUGGAGACGCUCAGCAGCGUGUGCGCUGCGCUGGCGGCGGCGAGUGUGCAACCCCACCGACUAGACCUCAGCCACAACUCGCUGCGCGCCACCGCCCCGGGCGCUACCUCGUGUGCCUGGCCCAGCGCACUGAGCUCUCUCAACUUGUCGUUCGCGGGGCUGGAGCAAGUGCCUAAAGGACUGCCGCCCAAGCUCAGCGUGCUUGAUCUCAGCUGCAACAGGUUAAGCAGGGCGCCGCGGCCAGACGAGCUGCCCGAGGUAAAUAACCUGACACUGGACAGGAAUCCCUUUCUGGAUCCUGGAGCCCUCGAGUACCAAGAAGACCUGAAGAGCUCCGGUGUGGUCCCAGUCUGUGCACGUUCCGCCUUGACCAUGGGGGUGUCAGGAGCCCUGGCACUGCUUCAGGGAGCCGGGGACUUUGCCUAAGGCCCAGUGGAGAAGGGGGAGAGGAAUUAAUUGGCUCAGAUUGUCCUGGCUCUGGGAGAGCCUCGUCAGGACAUCUCAACCAACCAACCCUCUGCCCCAUCUUCAUUAAAAUCUUAAACAGCGGGUCCAUGACAUUCACUCAACAGACAUUUACUGGGCACACUGCUGGAUAGCGAAUCCAUUAUACUUAAACUUUCUUCAUCCUAACUCCCUAGAAACCAUACCUGCCCUUACUUAGAAAAGAACUACAGGGGCAAAAGGGCAGGGAAAAGUCGCCUGUCUAGGGCUGUGUGGCAGAACCAAGGGUUUCUGCCCAAUGCGGGCCUUCUGAACAGAUUACUGGCACCUGUUAAAGGAUGUUUGAAUGGUAAACAUGCCUAGGAGGAUACAGAAUGUUUCCUCUCUGGUGCAUUUUCCAAGAGUCAGCUUCUCCCUUUCCAAGGUAAUAAAACCCAGAGCCAUUUGCUUAUUUUCACUCUCUUUUUUUCCUCCAACCCCCAGUGAGGAGAGACAGCUAUGCCACUUGUUCUACAUAAGCUCUGAGUUUUAUAAUUUCAGGGUUCCUCUCCUGUAGCGUACAGCCCCUCUGCACACACAGGUACACUGGCUUUCGCUGUGUCAUGUAAUGGGGAGUUUGGGGUUGGGGAACUGAUACAAGAUGCUGUCAUUUAACAGCCUGGCUCUGAACCAGAGAUCUUGUGACUAUGUUAGUAUAUGUGUGUAUAUUCGUUCUUUGAUUUGCAAACAGGAUAACACCUUAGACCCUUCACAGCUUCUCAGACCCCUACACAGGGCAAUUAAUAGUAUACGUCCUCUGAACCACAUUAUCUCAGUGACCCAGGACAUCAGCCAAGCAGCCAAGAGGUACUGUUCCUUCUAAGGGUCCCUUCUUCAUUACAUCAAGGAGGCAGCCACACCCAGCAGAGAUCUAGGUAUCUGCCUCCAGGGGGACCUCAAGAGGAGUUGGAGGAGGCAUGUAAACAUAGCCCUCCAGCCUGCCUCCCUCCAGUGUCCAGAACCACACAGAUAGGAAUGGAGAAUGCAAAUUAACAUUGAUGGGAGAGUUACACAGGUUAUCAGACCAUGGGCUCAAAGAGUCAUAGGGGCAGCUAAAUAAACUGCCAAUCUAUGUGAACCACACUGACUCCAUUUUGUCACCUCCAUCUUAGGCCCACAGUCUUGCCCCUCCCCUUUCUGCACAACUGAGCUUUAGUCUACUCACAAGGAGUGCACCCAAGCCAGAUUACUUUCCUAACAACUUUUACUCUUGCCUUCAUGUGAUAUGAAAACUGGAAGAAUGCCUUUUUUGACACAGAUGGUUAAUGGUCAUGAGACCCCCCCAGGAGGAAAAAGCCCCGGUUCCCUUGGAUGCAGAUGUGCAUCUUACUUGGUAGUCAAAUUCUGUUUUUCGCUUUGGCCCCUUUAAAUCCAAGGUAUCCCCUUCGCAGAGCGCCGCUGUGAAUGCCUCUGGAUCCUAGCUGUAUGUAAGUUCACAAUACGCAUUAUGUAAUAUGGCUGUAUGUCAGUACGCACAAUAAACUUCAAAAUUGCACUUUA